AUCUGAGUUUCGCGCGUAGAAUAUCCUGUCGUGUGACAGCGUUGGGCUCUUUGUCACCUAAAAUAGUAAUUAUCUGCGUUAUUAAUGGAGAUAUUUAAAUUGUAUAGAGAUGGAUACGAGCUGAUAUAUCUUGCACAAGCGGGAGAAAUGAUACGACUGGUAUCAGUCAGUACGGGACAAGAUGAGAAAAAGGGGUUUCCUUGUUUUCGGAGGGCUCUGACGAUUACAAGUACGCUGACGGUGCAUCCCCGGACCCUCAACAACCGGAACCGGGCAGACCUCUCAGCUCGAACGAGUACAGGCAAAGAGAAGACUGGAGCUGGAGCUGGAAACCGGUGACCCCCAGGACCUUCAGGAUGGUGGCUGCUGGACCACCAAAGCCAAGAAGCCGAUGGCCUCUCUGUCACACACAGCAGGAGGAAAGGCUCCCUCCACCCAUCCCGUAGCGUGCAAGUCCCUGUUCGAGAGGUCACGCUACGACACCUCGCUCGGUUUCUUGACGCAGAGGUUUGCGGAUAUGCUGAACCGCUCCGCCGACGGGGUGUUGGACCUAAACGUAGUCGCCCAGGAGCUCAACGCCCCUAAGAGACGCGUCUACGACGUCACCAAUGUCCUGGAAGGGAUCCAGCUCAUCAAAAAGAAGUCCAAAAACUUCGUCGAGUGGCUGGGCGGUAAAGUGAACCUAAACAUAGAUCAAGAGCUAAACGCUCUCGUCGAGGAGGAGAGGAGGCUGGACGAGAUGAUCCAGAACUGCACGCGGCAGGUUCACCAGCUGUGUGAGAACCAGAACACUCAGAGAUUUGCCUAUUUGACUUACGAUGAUGUCCAAAGGAUUCCCAGCUUGAAAGAACAGACUGUGAUCGUGAUCAAAGCCCCCGCAGAGACAAAACUGGAGGUGCCUCACCCAGAAGAGAGCCUCCAGGUCCACCUCAGCAGCACUCAAGGGCCCAUCGAGGUGUUCCUCUGCUCUGAUGACCCCGUCCCUAUGGAAGCCACGGACGGCUCUGUGGACAAUGGCAGCCACUUAAACUCGUCCGCCAAUGGGAACAACUACACCCCCCUCGUGCCUUACUCGUCCUUCGUCCAGAUGUCUUCCAAUGACAAUGCAAUCCGUACUUCGGGAAUCGGUAGUAUCUCCACCCCGCCGUCCGAGCCGACACAACACUCAUCACCGGUUACUGUCACCCCCGUCUCCCCCGUGCACACCUCCCUCCAGCCCCCCUCUGAAGAUCAACAGAGCUUUGUCAGCCUCACUCCACCGCUAGCUUUCUCUCUCGGUGCGGAGGAGUACCUCCUUAGCCUGGCUGAGGAUGAGGGCAUCACUGACCUCUUCUCUUCUUUUGAGCUGGACCAGUUGCCCCUGGAUAUGCCCAUUCUCUGAGCAAGCGGUUUUGGAAAUUCUAUCAUUUUGGAGGCAGUUGCCAUCUUCUCACAAAUGGGAUAUCAAGGGGAUACAAUAAAAGAACACAGUGCUGAUCUGAAUGUGAGUUUUUUUAGAUUUAAAUAUGCCUUUCCUGGACGAUGUGACUGGGAUUUACUGACGCUCAGGUAUGUGGAGGAGUGAGAUCUUUUUUAUGGCUUCCUUCUUGUCUUUAGGACUCGGACUGACCUGCAUGCUGUUAAACAAAAACACUGUGUUUCAGAGCUUUAAUCUGUUGCAUUGUUGGUGUUGGGCGUCUUUAAGUGUCCUUCUCCGAGGUCUGAGCAUUACUGUCUCAACGCAGGACUUACUGUUGACCACGUCACUGGAAAGAUGACAGUUUGUAUUGUGAUCACAUAGGAGCCUUCACAACAAAACCUGGUAAUUUAGACACCAUUUAGUGUCAAGAAAUGUUGAUUAAAAGCAUAAAAACUA